CACGCAGAGCUACAGCGAGAGAGAUAUGUCCUACGACGUGGCCGUGAUCAAGCUCAACAUGCCAGUCAACUUCACGGACACCGUGAGGCCUGUUUGUCUUCCUGGAACGGGCGCCACUCUUCCGAGGAACACCACCUGCUUCAGCACCGGCUGGGGAGAAACAAGAGGCACGGGCCACUCGACGCAGCUGAAGCAGACUCGCCAAGUGGUGCAGAGUUUUGACGCAUGCGAGGCCGUCCGGCUAAUCCACCCGGUUCUGCAGGCCAACAACGUGGUGUGCGCCAAGGACGAAUCCGAGUCCAGCGGACCGUGUCACGGCGACAGCGGCGGCCCCUUCGUCUGCCAGAGCAAAGGGACCGGACGCUGGUUUCUGCACGGCAUGACAAGCAUGGGCGUAGACAUUACCUACUCCAGUGCCAUCUGCGGGAUCGGCAGCUCGGCUAUCUGGAGCAGUACCAUCGCCUUCAGUUCCUACAUAAGCCGAGUCUUGAGACUCCUCUGAUGGUGCAUGGCUCCGUCACCUGGGGUGCUUGCUUCGGUCGUGGCUGCAGCAGGCUUCGGGGACUGUUGCUGCCAGUCGGCGUCUCAAGAUUGAGCGUUUCUUUGCUUGACCUGACAAUAAAGCGUUUAAGCUUUAA